AUGGGUGCGGAGACGUGGGUCGGUCGUCCAUGUCUCACCGCAGACUUUACGGUGAAGUCGGACCCGUACCCCCGGAGAACUCUUGCAAAGAAGUUGUGCCAGGGCUGCGCUCUGAUCUUCUCCGGCAUUGGGGUGCUGUAUGGCAUCAUCCAGUGCUUUUCCGUAGAAGUGGGCGGGGAGUUCCUCGCAGCAGAGCUCGCGGCCAGGGAGAUAGGAAUUCGCUGCGUUUGCAUAGAUGUUGACCUGAACAGAUUUUGGAGUCGACUUGGAUGGGCGAUCCUGCCUUUACCUUGGAACGUGCUCAACUCUCUGAUGUCAUGGUUGGCGUUUCCGCGCCUCUUCUUUCAGUUUGUGUUCCCACCCUUUGGGACCAUCGACGUGCUUGGCAGCAUGUUUCUCCAUGGCAAGAGCUUUCCGCUGAAGACCUGGGUAGCUUUCAUUUUGGCUGGCAUGUGCGCCAGCUUUGUGACCAACACUGUGCUGCGACUCCUUGGGUCGGGAAUGGAAGCCGGAGCCGAGGGCGCCGGCGUGGUCACAGAGGAGCAUCGAGACGAGGUUCAGGCAUGGAUCAUGCUGGGGAUCGAAAUGUAUAUCCUUCCUCAAGUCUACGAUGCGGUAGCUGCGUCCAGAGACGAGGCGAUGUACCGCUCGAUGGUGAGCAAGUGCAAAGAAUUCACUGUCGCUCGCACAGUCGUAGUCGUCGGUGCUGGCCAUGCAAACGGCAUCCUCCAGCGCGUCCACAAGUUCGGUCUUUGA